AUGAAUCAAGAAACAAGUAAAGAUUCUAAUACACCAGCCGGUAAUGGACAUUCAAUUACAAAAUCAUUUGAUAUACGUGAUUUAAUAUUAAAACAACAAAGAUCUCAACAAGAAUCCAAAAUUAUUAAUGAACCCCAAGUUAUAGAUGAAUCAGUACCCAUAGCUAAAGAUGAAUCUAUAUAUGAACCUCCAUCAACUCCAAAAUCAAAUAAAAGUUUAUUAACUGAUGAUUCAGAAUUUCAAACACUAAAAGAAAUUAAACAAGAAUUAAAAGAUGAUGAAGAAGUUCCAAUAAUUUUGAAAAGUCCAAUUGAUAGAGUUGAAGCUUAUAAAGAACGUCAUAUAAAUGAAGUACGAAAUGAACGAGCACAAAGAGCACAAAAUAGAGGAUUGAAAAGGAGUAGUUCUCCUAUGGAUGAUGGUGGUUAUGAUGAUGAUUAUAAUGAAUAUAAUGACGAUAUGAAGAAUAUGAAGAAAAGAGUUAAAUUUGAUUUACCUGAUGAUAUAUCAACUGAUGAAGAUGAUGAUGAAGUUAAUGAAUAA